AUGUCGUUCACGCGGCGCGAGCACCUCGUCAACCACGUGCGACAACACACCGGCGAGACGCCCUUCCAGUGCGGAUACUGUCCCAAAGCGUUCACCAGGAAGGACCACCUCGCCGAAGCGCCACACUGCUGCUACUUCUGCUCCAAGUCGUUAGUGCGACAACACACCGGCGAGACGCCCUUCCAGUGCGGAUACUGUCCCAAGGCGUUCACCAGGAAGGACCACCUCGGCCAGGAGCUAAGCCGUUGCAACUUCUGCUCCAAGUCGUUCACGAGGCGCGAGCACUACGUCAACCACGUGCGACAACACACCGGCGAGACGCCCUUCCAGUGCGGAUACUGUCCCAAGGCGUUCACCAGGAAGGACCACCUCGUAAAUCACGUACGGCAACACACGGGUGAAUCUCCGCACAAGUGUUCGUUCUGCACCAAGUCGUUCACCCGCAAGGAACAUCUGACGAACCACGUGCGACAACACACGGGUGAAUCCCCGCACCGAUGCUCGUAUUGCUCCAAAUCGUUCACAAGAAAAGAACACUUGACAAACCAUAUCAGACAACACACGGGCGAGACACCCUUCAAAUGCGCCUACUGCACCAAGUCGUUCUCGAGAAAGGAACAUCUCACCAACCACGUGCAUCAACACACCGGCGAAACUCCACAUAAGUGUGCUUUUUGCACCAAGACAUUCUCCAGGAAAGAGCAUUUGACCAACCAUGUCAGAAUCCACACGGGUGAGUCGCCCCACCGCUGCGAGUUUUGUCAAAAGACGUUCACCCGUAAAGAGCACCUGACGAACCAUUUGAAACAACACACGGGCGACAAACCACACCCCUGCAAAAUCUGCUCCAAACUGUUCUCUAAGAAGGAGCUCGUCAUGCAUAUGAGAUCGCAUAGCUGCGGCGACCGACCCUUCAGUUGUGGUGAAUGCGGCAAGACGUUCCCGCUAAAAGGCAACCUGAUAUUCCACGAGCGGUCGCACAAGGCCGCCGGCGUGCGCCAGUAUCGAUGCGACGUGUGCUCUAAGGACUUCUUAUGUAAAGGACAUCUGGUGGCGCAUAGACGAACGCACACGGACGCGACGGAAGGCGGCAGCGCCGAGGCGUCCGUCGAGGGCGACGAGUGCAGCACCGAUUGCACCAAGUGCGAGAAGAUGGAGACCGAACGGCCGGAGAGAAAGCAUGAAAUUAGAUUGAGUACAGAAAAUAGGCCAGCAGACACAAAUGUCACUCAAAGUGAAACUAAUGUAGCUGUGAUGCAACUAACAAGUCAGCAGCAAGUCCGAGCGGCCUCAGCGGCUAACAACACGACCGUCGCGGGCGCAACCUUCACACACUCCGCGCCGCAGCACCAUACUGGCGCGUCGAUAGCGCACCACCCGGUCACGGUCAACUACUAGCACAUCCCAAUAGCGCUCCAUCCCUCGGCUGGGGUGGACGCGCCUGAUGCAGCCGGUGGCUACACUGUGUUGUAGUGAAGAUGGAACCAGUGAGCCUAUGCUGUGAUAAUCUGCGCGUUA